GCGCUGGCGGCGGCGGAGGCCGCGGGAGGCCCUUCGGGCGACGACGGGCGGCGGGCCAUGGGCGCGGUGUGGGCCGCGGGCGGCGGCCGGGGCCCGCGGCUGCCGCUGCUGCUGACGGCGCUGUGGGCGGCCGCCGUGGCGCUGGAGCUGGCCUACGUGCUGCUGCACGGGCCGGGGCUGCCGGCCGCGGGGCCUCUGGCGCGGGCGCUGCACCUGCUGCUGGCCGCCUUCCAGCUGCUCAACGUGCUGGGCAACGCGGCCCUCUUCCUGCUCCGGGACCCGGGCAUCGGCGGCGUGGUGCUGGCGGGCCGGGCGCUGGGCCGCGGCUGGGACUACUGCUACCAGUGCCAGAGCCAGGUCCCCCCGCGCAGCGGGCACUGCCCGGCCUGCAGGGUCUGCGUCCUGCGCCGGGACCACCACUGCCUGCUGCUGGGGCGCUGUGUGGGCUUCAGCAACUACCGGCCCUUCCUGUGUCUGCUGCUCCACGGGGCCGGCCUGCUGCUGCACGUCACGGCCCUGCUGGGCCCGGCCCUGGGCCUCCUGCUGCGGGCGCACUCCCAGCUGCAUGCCGUGACGCUGCUGCUGCUGCCCUGGCUCAUGCUGCUCACCGGUGGCGUGUCCCCGGCCCAGUUUGCCCUGGCCUUCAUAGCUGACACGUGUGUGGCGGGUGCCCUGCUCUGCGGGGCCGGGCUCCUCUUCCAUGGGAUGCUGCUGCUGCGCGGCCAGACCACCCGCGAGUGGGCCCACGGGCAGCGCCUCUACGACCUGGGCCCCCGCCGGAACAUGGAGGCCGCCCUGGGCUCCCGCUGGCUCCUGGUGUGGCUCUGGCCCUUCCUGUCCUCCCCGCUGCCUGGGGACGGCAUCACCUUCCAGACCGCCGACUGAGGAGCGUCGCCCGGGGGGAGCACACACUGGGGGCCGAGGAGCGUCGCGGGCCGCUCCCCGCCCGCCUGAGCCCCCCAGGUUUGCGCCCCCACCCAGCAGGGCCCUCCCCUCCCCCUGCCUGCCUGGCCCUUGAGCCCUGCAUUCGGUUCUCCCUGACGCUGCCCCUGCCCCCAAGGCUGGGCCCAGGGCGGGCUGUCGGCCCCAGUCCCCGCUACAAUAAAGCCUUGAAGUUACUCC